UUCAGAAUCUGUUAUUUAAUCCUUUCCCCUUCUGCCUCCCUGCCAUUACAGAUACCUGGAAAACAGAAUCCCUUCACAAAGAAAAAAAAUUGCAUAGUGAAAUUGUCAGUUUAUAGUUAUAGUUAUGAACUGACAGAGGAAAAAGAAAAAAAAAAAGGAAGCUACCUUUCUUUUGCUGUUUCAUUCAUUGCAAUGUUUAAAAUUCAAAAGUCAAGCACUUUGUGUUGAAAUUCAAACCCUUUUCUUGUUUCUUCUUCUUCUUCUUCUUCUUCUUCUUCUUCUUCUUCAAUUCUUCCUGAAAAAAGAUGUUGCCAAAAUUUGAUCCCACCAACAAUGAAUCUGGUUUGAAGCUGCUUGAAGAUCUUACACAAAAUGCAAAGCAAAUUCAAGAACAAGUGAUUCAGAAGAUUCUUACACAAAAUUUCAACACAGAAUAUCUCAACACUUUCCUCAAUGGCCAUUCUCUUGAUCUCCAAACUUUCAAAAACUCUGUUCCUGUGGUCAACUAUGAAGACAUUAAGCCUUAUAUUGAGAGAAUUGCCAAUGGUGAACCUUCUCAAAUAAUUUCAUCUCAACCCAUCACUGAGUUACUCACAAGCUCUGGAACUUCUGGUGGACAGCCAAAAAUGAUGCCUUCAACAACUGAAGAUUUGGACAAUAAGACAUUCUUUUACAAUCUCCUUGUACCUGUCUUAAACAAGUAUGUGGAUGGUUUGGAAGAAGGAAAAGGGAUGUAUCUUUUGUUUAUAAAGCCAGAAAUGAGUACCCCAUCUGGGUUAAUGGCAAGGCCAGUUUUGACAAGCUAUUACAAAAGUAAAAACUUCAGAAAUAGGCCUUUUAAUAAGUACAAUGUGUACACAAGUCCUGAUGAAACAAUCCUCUGUUCUGAUAGUAAACAGAGUAUGUACUGUCAAUUGCUUUGUGGGUUAGUACAAAGAGAUGAAGUUUUAAGAGUUGGUGCAGUUUUUGCUUCUGCUUUUCUAAGAGCUAUCAAAUUCUUAGAAGAUUAUUGGAAAGAAUUGAGUGAUAAUAUAAGAAAUGGGGAAAUUAGUAAAUGGAUUACUGACCCAAAUUGCAGAGUUGCUGUUUCUUCAAUCCUUACAAAGCCAAAUGCUGCUUUGGCUGAUUUGAUUGAUGGUUUGUGUUGUGAGAAAUCAUGGGAAGGUAUAAUUAAGAAGAUUUGGCCUAAAACUAAAUACAUUGAAGUCAUUGUAACUGGGUCAAUGGCUCAGUAUAUACCUACUCUUGAAUUUUAUAGUGGUGGGCUUCCUUUAGUUUCUACCAUGUAUGCUUCUUCUGAGUGUUAUUUUGGGAUUAAUUUCAAUCCUUUGAGUAAACCUUGUGAUGUUUCUUAUACACUUCUUCCAAAUAUGGCCUUCUUUGAAUUCUUACCUGUGGAGAAAAAUGAUGGAGAAUUAAGCCAUUGCAAUGGAAGAAGCUCUGUUCAAGCAAUUGAUGAAUUGAAAACAGUGGAUCUUGUUGAUGUGAAACUUGGUCAAUAUUAUGAAUUGGUGGUCACAACUUUCACAGGGCUAUACAGAUACAGAGUUGGUGAUAUUCUAAUGGUAACUGGCUUCCACAACAACGCACCUCAAUUCAAGUUUAUUCAUCGAAGGAACGUGGUAUUAAGCAUAGACACAGACAAAACAAACGAAGACGAUUUGUUAAAUGCGAUUACAAAAGCGAAAUUGCUUAUUGAGCCACUUGGUGUUUUGUUAACAGAGUAUACAAGUUAUGCAGAUACAGAGUCAAUUCCAGGGCAUUAUGUUGUAUUUUGGGAGCUGAAGAAAAGAGAAGGGAAUGAGAAUUUAGAAGAAGAAAAUGAAGAAGAAGAAGAAGAAGUAGUUGAAGUGGGUUUAAUGGAAGAAUGUUGUUCAAGUAUAGAAGAAUCAUUGGAUUCAGUAUAUAGAAGAUGCAGAAGCAAAGAUAAAUCAAUUGGGGCAUUGGAAAUUAGAGUUGUGAAACAUGGAGCUUUUGAUGCAUUAAUGGAUUUUUGUGUUUCACAAGGAUCUUCUGUGAAUCAAUACAAAACACCAAGAUGCAUUAAAUCAGAAGAAGCUAUAAAGAUACUGGAUUCUAGAGUUGUGGCAAGAUAUUUCAGCAAGAAAACACCAUUUUGGGAGCCUUUCAAACCUCAAUACUCCCAUUAAUCAUCACUCUGUAUUACUUUGUUUAUUUCAUUUUUUUUUUUUUUUUUUUUCUGACUCAUUUUUCUGGGAAAUAGUGCUAGAGAUGGAUCCAUUCUUCUUCUUCUUCUACUACUUCUUCCCAGAUUUGAAUUGUUUGUGUAAAAGAGCCAGAGUUCGUUCUGCUGUUUUUUUUUAGAAACUUUGCGUUUUUUUUUCCCUUACCUUUUUCCAUUUGUGUGGGAAUUAUUUGAA